CUCUACACACAUCGGGGCGGAACGAUGUAUGCGGGGCUUCUGUUGUAAGGGGGAAUCCUAUACAUGAAGCACUGCGUUCUUGUUUCCAUAGAAACUACUGUGUUUCUUCGUUUCUUCUUUGACUGGAAGACGGGACAUAAAUCAAGAUGGACAUCAAACUCGCCCCAGACCAACUAUUGUCUCAGGUCAACCAGUUCUGGAGUAUGUUGGAUGACAUGGCUGAAAACAGCCCGCAGAGCUACCAGAAGUUCAUACAGCGACAUCUGGAAGAAGGGAAAGAAUCCAUGGCUCCCCCUGAACAGCACUUGUGUCUUCAAACCAAAAUAUUGGAUCCAGAUGAACAGUUGUUAUUUAUUAACAUAUGUGAAUGGAAAAAGAUCCCAUCUCCUGAAUCUGAUAAACACCCUGUGCCUCUCAUGGCUGGGGAAUUGAAGGAUAUAUCUGAUGGAGCAGUUAUUAGCAUUGCCUACAGCCCAGAGGUCCUAAAGAAAGCCGACAAAGACCCCACAGAACAGGACCAGCUUAUCCGCCUAGCAAUGAAAUACAUAGAACAACAGCACAAAGUCACCCUCUGCCAUUCUUACUGCAUUGCUCCAUUUAAACUGAAGGGCACCGUACAACAAAUGAGGAGGAGCCUAGAAGGAAUUGGACAGAAGCAAAAGAAGACAAAGGGAAGAACAGAGGAUGUCCCUGACAGAUCUUUACUGGAUCAACUGAGAAACAUAGCAGUGAAAGAUGAAGAAAAAGAGGAACCUAAAACACCCAUAGUGAUAAUGGCAGAGACCAAGACCAAACCUAACGUAGGCCUUAUAGAAGUGAUGUCCAGUACAGAGCUGAACGAGGAUGACCUCGCACCUCCCCCACAGCAUGAACUAUCUGUAAUAAGGGACGAGGCUGGGAGCCCACAGAAACUGAUCCUGACAGCAUACUUACAAGGGGUGCACUCUGUCUCCAGAUGUGAUCUAAAUGUAUCUAAGGAUGAUUUGAUGCUUGAAGUCCCUGGAAAAUUCAAACUUCACCUGGAUUUGCCCGAGCUGGUCAAUGAAGACACAGUCACCGCAAAGUACAACAAAGCAAACAGCACACUGACUGUCACAAUGUCUGUACUAUAGCGCCACACUUUGGAAAAUCUAUGACCACGGCUUCAUGAAGUGAAGGAUUUUGGCUGUGUGGAGAGACAACUGGCAAACAACUAAAUGUCAGCAUGUAAGAGUUCACUAAAGGGAUGGCGAACCUAUUACCUGCAUACAGGUCCAAUACAAUAAUGUUAUGGGUUAAAGUAAUACUGCACAGUAUGCAAGUCUUCGCUUUAUAGACUUCGCUUUAAAGUUCAUGCAUAAUCCAAACCAAGAUGGUGUCAUUGGAGAAAGCACAAUGGAUGUUUUGCUGCUACUAAAUGUUCAGUAAAAGUAUUAAUGUACAGUGGUCCCUCAACAUACGAUGGUAAUCCGUUCCAAACGGACCAUCGUUUGUUGAAACCAUCGUAUGUUGAGGGAUCCGUGGAAUGUAAAGUAUAGGACAGUG